AUGAUCUCCGCAUAUUCACAAGAUCAAUUAUCCAAAUAUCUGACUUACAUCGCCCUACCAACCCAAUACGAAAAAUACAUCGAAAACCCAUCUUCGUUCCCAAAAACCGACGAAGCACUGACAGCACUAUUCCGAUGUCAAAUAACCAGAUUUGCAUACGAUAAUCUCUCGGUGCACUAUUCCGCGACGAAUCUCGCAAACAUCGAGCCUCAGAGCAUUUACGCGAAGUUUUUGGGGCCUCAGGGUACUGAACCCACCGGGCGCGGGGGGACACAUAUUGUGAAUAUCAUUCAACUUCCUGACGGGCAGGAGUAUCAUGCCGACGCUGCGUUCGGUGGAGAUGGACCUACCAGGCCCCUGCCCUUGAUCUCGGGCAAAGUGUGGCCGAACCUUGGUGCGCAGGAGGUUCGACUGGUUUACGGUAAUAUGCCGAAACAGCAGCGACCGGAGCAAAAGGUUUGGAUGUAUCAGUAUCGGAAUGGCGCGGAAAAGGAGUGGAAUACUUUCUACAGUUUUGUGGAGUUUGAAUUCUUUCAGGAUGACUUUGAGGUGAUCAAUCGAUAUACUAGCUGGGAAGCGCGGGAAAGGGGUAAUUUUUGGAUUGUCAAGUUUCUGCGCAACGGGGAAACUGCCGGUCUUCCUGUUCUUGAUGGCGAAGCGCUCAAUGAGAGACCGGAAGAUGCCUACGUGGUGGGAAAAAUUAUGUUUGUUAAUGAUGUGGUGAAGAUUAAUUUUGGCGGCAGGACGAGGGUGAUUGAUGAGUUUAAAACGGAGGAAGAGCGGGUCAACGGGUUGAAGAAAUGGUUUGGUAUUUCUCGACUCGAUUAG